AUCGAAUGUAUGGCGCCAUCGGGCAAGGAAAACCGAGGUGCGAUAACAUUGAACUCAUGCUUGCUUGGGAUGGUCUUUUUGUCUGAGCCAGUGUCGACGUGUUGCUCGACUUCGAUUUUGUGAACGCCAGCAGCAAGCCCAGGUACAUAAAACGAGAAUAACUGUUCCUCUCCCCGUUUGAUUCCAGGGGUUGUAUCCUCGGCCGUCGCCCGAAGUGAUCGAAGAACUCGUGUCCCAUGACGCAGUGCAAGAUGGCGAGGCGAGCAGUCAAGUUUUCUUGGGGCUCGCCGGAGGUCCAUGGUUGAUUGAAAUCGUGAUAAUCAAUAAGCUCUUGUUGCCCGUGACAAUGAAUGUGAGAUGCCGACUUUCGGGACGGUCGGGAAUAUGUCCAAUGGUAAAUUCCUUGUUUUUAGGCUUUCAAAAGAGGCAUGAAUCGUCCAAAGUGAGGGGGGAUGCUAUGUGAGAGCUUUUUCUCCGGAUUAUUCGGGGAUGGGAUGCACAACACCAUGUUUCCAUUCAUGGAUUAUUUUAAACUGCAUGUUGCAUGAUGCCGUCAAGGUUCGUGCAAAUUUAGCCGGCAUACAGAGUGCAUCCACCCCAAAAAUCAACAUUCACCUCCCUUGAUCAUGCAGCCGUCUCCGAGCAUAGUGGUCUGACUAUGCUCAUCUGCAUCAAUGCAGCGAAUCAUCCGUGGAUCUCUCGAAUCCCCAUUGGGCCCUUGACAAUAUGAGGUCAGUCGGUGGCCUAUCCAUUAACGAAGCCGACCUUCCCGUCCGUUACGAAGUUGUCCCAAUGAUAUCAGCCAGCCACUUGGGCUGGCGUCAAAUGGAUAUCAAGAUUCAAGAUCCUGAUAAGAGAGUAUUGUAUUUUAUGGGCUUGCAACUUGGCACUAUGAUGCGCAUGCGUCCACGCAUGCUGGUGGAUUAAUGCUCCCCCUCAGUCGAACACCCCCCUCGCCCCCCCAAAAAAAAAAAAAAAACCUUCCAACCCACCCUUGCAGGAUUCUCUUCUGUGAAUUUAUAAUCACUGUGCUGAGUUCAAUGGUAUAAAUCCUAAGAAAGACCGCUCUGAGAGCCCGGUUUGAAGGUGGCAUCCUUUUAUUCGAUCAACUGAUUGAACUUUUGAAAAGUCGUUCUAAGUUUCAAGCAUCAUCGAAAUGGCGUCCCCCGUGACUGUUUUGGAGAACCCAAUUCCAAAGAGUGGUCAACACCUUUUGUUCUUCCUUACCAGCAAACAGCAGCUGGCAUUGGAACAGCGUCCCAUUGAAAGUUCUCUAGGCUAUUCAGCUUAUGUUGAUCAUGGAGUGUCUCAAGGUGUCAUUGUCAACCCCUCUAGUAUUGCAGCUGCGAUGCGUUCUAGCUUGGUUACUGUGUACGGUAUCACCAAGCCAGGCACCGACAAGCAGUACAUUUCUGUUAUAAGCCCCACCUACAAUCUCAUCGCCAACCGCCAGAACCAGCCAAUAGAGACCACGCAGAAGGCACUGGCCGCGUGUUCUGACAAUGACCGUAACAAUUGGGUCUACUACCUGAAUCUGCCACAAGGAACACCUCAGUAUGCGAUUUACGAAUUGAAUAUCCAGGAUUCGAGUUCUGCUCCCACGGUGUAUAGCGGUCCGACUCCGAGUGGGAACUCAAACCUUGCGGCAGUGUACUUUUCCCCGAACAAAGACAGAUUCAUCAUAUUCUCGAACACUGACACACGUCAUUACCUAUACUGGGUUAAUUCCACCCUUCAGAGUGCAAACCGAAUUUCGGGCACUGGUAGCGUUAUGAGUGCCAGCCCACUGGCCGCGACUACAAUAACGAACGUGCAGACGAGGUCUAUGACUAUCUUUUUGUACUACAUGGACGUCAACACCCUCCUUAACCGAAUUGUCGGAAAGGUCACAGACAAUGAAAUUCAUUGGUAUGCAAACCAGGUCGUUGAAGGCGCUCCCCCGAUGAAGGUGGACACGCUAUUGACGGGCGUGGUUGUUGAGGGAAAAUGGAACUGCUUGUAUUACAUCCCAGAUGGAGACACGGAGUUCAGGGCGUUUAACGAUACCAUCCGUGACAGCUUUUUUGAUGAGCCGAGAGAGGGAUAGGCUCUCAGCGCACGCUCAACGCUCCUCCUUCAGGAUGUUUUUAUGUGAUGUCAAUUCAAUUCGUUAACUUAGUUGUUAGUCACUCUUUUAGUCGAGCUGA